UUGAGAAGUACAAAUAAGACUACGUCUCGAUACACGGUGUCGCUUCAGAUAGAAACAGAUUGGCAGAACAUUGCCUGCCCUAAAGAAAGUGGUACGACUUUACCUCAUUUCAAUUGUUAUUGCAGUUCUAAGAUCAUUUGAUGAUUGGGUUUUCCUUAUUAUUCUAUGUUUUUAAGCUACUCCUUGUCUAAGAGAAGUGUCUGUAACCGUUGUUUUCACGUGGGUCGUAAUUUCUCAAAACCUAAAACUGAAGAUAUUAUUCUUAAUUCAAUUUGUGUUAAUUUAAAACAAAGGAAAUGGAGUUUCUUGGAGAAGAUGUUACCCAAUAUGACUUGUUCUUUGGUGGGUCGUGUAAUUUGCAAGUUUCAGAACUCACCUCAGUUAGCUUUAGAAUUUCACGAUUGGGUUUUAGAGAAAAAGAGUGUUUUGCACUCAAUAGAGUCUUGUUGCGUUGUAAUUCAUGUGCUGGUCAAUUCGAAGAGAUACGAUGAUGCGUUGUUCAUUAUGGGGAAUUUGAUGAAUGUAAAUGGUAUCUCCCCCUUGGAAGUUUUAGAUGCAUUGAUUAGUAGUUAUGACAUAUGCAAGUCAAGUCCGGCUGUAUUUGAUGCUUUGGUCCGUACUUGUACUCAAAUUGGGGCUACUGAGGGUGCUUAUGAAGUGAUUACGAAGUUGCAGUUAGAUGGUUUUUGGGUUACAGUUCAUGCUUGGAACAACUUCUUGAGUCAUCUUUUGAAGUUGAAUGAUGUUAAUAGGUUUUGGAAGAUGUAUAAGGAAAUGGUUUCUUAUGGAUAUAUUGAAAAUGUUAAUACUUUUAAUUUGAUUAUUUAUGCUCUUGGUAAGGAAGGUAGAUUAGUAGAAGCAGUGUCGGUAAUCUAUCGAAGCUUGAAGACUGGUAUAUGGCCUAAUGUUGUUACUUUUAACAUGAUUAUAGAUGGUGCCAUCAAGAUGGGUGCCAUGGAUCUUGCUUUGAAGCUUGUCAGGAAGAUGGAAGUCAUGUCAGGAUGCUCUGUUAAGCCUGACUCUGUAACUUAUAAUAGUUUUGUCAAUGGGUUUUGCAAAAUUGGGAAUCUGGCUGUGGCAGAAGAAUUUAAAAAGGAAAUGUUGGGGAAAGAAAUUGAACCUAAUGUGAGGACCUAUGCAACUUUGGUAGAUGGUUACACACGAGUGGGGAGUUUGGAGAAUGCCUUUAGGUUAUGCGAUGAAUUGGUGGAAAAGGGAUUGUUACCAAAUUCUGUCAUAUAUAAUUCAAUCAUCCAUUGGCUUUCCAUGGAAGGAGAUAUGGAAGGAGCUUCUUUGCUGUUAUCGGACAUGAUUGAUAAGCGGAUAUACCCUGAUCAAUUUACAUAUUCUAUAGUCAUAGAGGGUCUUUGCAGAAAUGGAUAUCUAAAUGAAGCUUUUAAAUUUCUUCAGAUGAUUCUUGAGAUGAGCCUUGUUAGAGAUGCAUUUUCACACAAUGUUGUUAUAAAUUACUUGUGUAGAAGCAAUAAUCUAGCAGGAGCUAAGCAACUGCUGGCUAAUAUGUAUGUUCGUGGCUUGGUUCCUGAUGUUGUUACAUUUGGUACUUUGAUUGACAGGCACUGCAAGGAUGGCAAAGUCGAAAAUGCUAUUCAGGUCUACGAGAAAAUGAUAAAGACAGGGGAAAAGCCCAACUUGUUAAUCUACAAUUCUGUUAUAAAUGGCUUUGCCAAGGAAGGAUCAUUUGAUCCUGCAAUUCUUUUGAUAGAUACAUUAAGGAGGAUGGGUUUAUUUGAUGUCGUAACUUAUAACACCUUGAUACAUGGGUAUUGCAACUGUGGGAAGAUUGAUCAGGCAUUUGCUUUGUUUUCAGAAAUGAGAAACAGUGGAAUUUUGGCAAGCCAUGUCACUUACAACACAUUGAUAAACUCUUUGUGCAAGGCUGGUCAUGUUCUACAAGCAAAGGAACUGAUGAAGAUGAUGGUUCUUCGCGGUUUGAUUCCUGAUUAUGUAACAUACACAAUUCUUAUCACCAGUUUCAGCAAGAAGUGUAGUCCCGAAGAAGUGAUUGAAUUGCAUGACUAUAUGGUCCUCAAGGGAGUAGUACCUGAUAGACAGACAUACCAGACCAUGGUUAUUCCACUUCUGCAAGAAGAAAGUGUGGAAUUCGACUAUGGAUAGUAUAUAAACAGACUCCUGUAGAGUUUGAUGUCUAAGCUGGGUGUUUUCAGUUUCUCGUGGAAAAUCUGUUCAUGCACCCUAGUUCAUAUCUUAACAUGCUGACCUUUCCCAAGGAAGCUUGGGUUGCAUAUUAUAGUAUUCUUAAAAAAGAAUGUGCUUAUGCCUAUAAAAAACCCAAUUGGGUAUGUAUUUUUGCUGCCCAUAGAAUAUAUAAGCGCCUCUUUGUUCUACCCUGAGGGAGUGAUGGAGAACAGUCUAAAUGAGGCUUCACUUUUUUUUUUGUUUUCAUAUGAAAACUGUAUGGAUUUGCUUUCUGUUUUUAUGGUCGAUGAUUGGUAUUAUUGCAUUCAUGUCAGCCUUCCCAAGUCAAUAACAAUAAAAAUUGCUCUUAUGAUUUAA